AUGCAGCACCAGGAAUCGACGAGCCCUCCCGGGUGGGCGCAAACGCUAUUACAGCAGAUAGCACAGACCCAGGCUAUGCAGAACGAAGAAAGGGAGCGGCGUCACCAGCAAGAUGCUGCUCAAGAGGAGCGGAUGCGUCGCCUCGAGGCAAUGCUGGAGCAUCAGGCCUCACUAGCCAUAACGACAACCACGACGAACGAAGGGCAGGCGACACCUGCACGAUCAGCCACCGAAUCGGUGCCGGUUCCCCCACGAACAGAGAUUGUUCACCGACCGAAACCACGUCUCCCGGACCCAAAACCAUUCGGUGGAAGCACGAGCGAUUGGCCAACCUGGCGCAUUUCGAUGGAGAACAAGCUUAGUGUGGACGGCGAAGCUAUCGGUUCCCCUCAAGACCAAUUCAUGUACGUAUUCUCUAGACUAGAGAAGCUCGCCUGGAAGAAUACUGGAACCUUCGUGAAACUCCGCCGGAACACUGGCGAACCGCAAGCCUUACUCGGCCACCUUGAGAAUAUCUACGGAGACCCGAAUAUCAAAGCACGCGCAGCAAGACGACUCCACUAG